AUGGAAUGGCCCACCAGAGUUUCUUCUACAGGCUCCACGCAGGCAGUGAUUGAAACUCUGAUUGAGAAAUUCAGACCAGACAUGAAGAUGCUGUACAUGACGGAAUACGCGCUCUACGAGAUCCACCCCAACGGUGAGGAGAGGUGCCUGGGCGUCGACGAGAAACCGUUGCUGGUCCAGCUGAAUUGGCACAAGGACGACCGCGAGGGCCGUUUCCUCUUGAGACGGGCCGACGAGAAGUCGACUCUGCCCGCCCAGCAGCCACCGGAAGAAUCCAGCUUCCGUUGCAAGCUCUCGAAGCGGGAGAAGCGCAACGCCAAAAAGGAGAACAAACUGCGCAAGUUGAAAAGUUCAGACAACGACGGAAGUGGCGGCCAGGACGGCGAGAAUGGCAGCAAGAACGGGACAAUGGCCGAGAAGUUGUACACGGAGCUGCCGGAAACGAGUUUCACGCGCUCCAUCAGUAAUCCGGAAGCGGUGAUGCGUCGGCGGAAGUAGCAGAAACUGGAGCGCAAAUUGCAGCUCUUUCGCUCAAAAGAUGGCGGCCCCGACACUGGCGGGACCCUCAAUAUCUACGGGGAGAGUUUGUGUCGUGACGUGCCUUACAAGACGCUUUUAUUGUCUGUCCGCGGGACGGCGGCCUACGUGGUGCGAGAGAUGCUGGACAAGUACGCGCUCACCCGAGAGGACCCGACCAAUUAUUGCCUGGUCCAGGUGACGAGAUCGCCACCGAAUCAACAGCAGACGGGCAACAACAAUAGCGAGCCACCUAGCGAGUACAUUUUGGAAGACGACGAGUGUCCUCUCUCCAUUCUGAUGAACCACACGCCCGGCUCAGGUCCGGUCAUGUUUCACGUCAGGAGGCGGCCGGCCGACAGCAAUUCGCAGACUGCACGUCGUCGCAAGAAGAAGCUCAGCGGAAGUGGAGGAAGUCAAGGCGGAGGAGGCAACGACAAUGCCAAUUCGUGCGGCUCUGGUAGCGGAUCCGUUCAUCGAUUGACGGGCGUAGGUGAUUUGGCGUCGCCCGAUCAGGAUCCCAAGCAACGCACUCUGCCCUACUUGGUGGAAUUGAAUCCGGACGGAAGAGAAGUCAGACAGGGCAACCAGAUACGACGUCAUUUCGUUUCUCCCACAGUCACGGAAGUCGGAUCAGAACGACCAGCACCUCCGCAUCCUUCCUCGCCCAUUUCCGUUCCGUCGAUUCAACUUUUCGGGCCCGGAAUCCAUCCACGCCACUGCGUUCUCGCCCACACGGAAGGCAUGGUGACGUUGACACCCUGCAACCCUCAAGCGGAGACUUACGUCAAUGGCCAGAGGCUAUGCGAAACAACUUUGCUCCAGCACGGCUGCGUCAUCCGCUUCGGCAAUUCAAUUUCGCUUCAUCGAUCCGGCCAGCGAGUUCCGCACUCCCGCCGCCUAGACAGCACUCAAUUACGAGCGCUUCACUGGGCAACCGGGCGGUGCUAA